CCUGGACUCAUAUCCUCCUGUCCCUCUCCUCACCCUCUGUAGCAUGAUAUACUACAGUACCCAUAAUGCUCUGUAUUCUGUAUCCGGUUUGAUCUAACUAAACACGUUCCUAAAGCUAACACUAUGGUGUCCCGCCUCCUUAUUAUUUCAAUACAGCCUAUUCCCCCCCCUUCUUCUUCUUCUUCUUCUUCUCUCACCUCCCUCCAUCCAGAUAUGAUCCUCUCCCUAGCUGCAGCUAUGAGCAGCGGCGGCAUCCCCCAGAACACGACUUCCUCCUCGCCCUUUGACCCCUCGCCCCUGGACCCCUGGCUUGACCCCUACCCUGACCCCUACCCUGACCUCCCCGGGGUUAACGCCUCCUCCUCCGACGUCCCCGGCCGCACCUAUACCUCCGACCUUGACUUACGACCUCUGACCUCACAACAGGAUGUUAGCCCAUGGGAUGUGGCGUUAUGUGUCACGGGUACACUCAUCGCCUGCGAGAACGCUCUGGUCAUCGCCGUCCUCUUCUACACGCCGACCCUCAGAGCGCCGAUGUUCAUCCUGAUUGGCUCGCUGGCGUUCGCCGACCUCCUGGCGGGUCUCGGUCUCAUCCUGAACUUCGUGUUCACCUAUCUUGUCGAGGGAGAGGUCGUGACCUUGGUUGCCACAGGGAUACUCAUUGCGGCAUUCUCGGCAUCCAUCUUGAAUAUCUUGGCGAUCACCGUGGACAGGUACCUGUCGCUGUACAACGCGCUGACCUACCACACGGAGCGGACUGUCCUCUUCACAUACCUGGUGGUAGGGGUCAUCUGGUUGGUGUGUCUGGUUCUCGGCGUCCUCCCCGCGCUCGGGUGGAACUGCCUAGACGACCAAUCAACGUGCUCAGUCUGUCGACCCGUCACCAAAUCCAACGCCGUCGCCCUCGCUGUCUUCUUCCUACUGGUUUUCGCGUUGAUGAUGCAACUCUACCUGCAGAUCUGUCGGAUCGCGUUCCGUCACGCUCAGCAAAUCGCCGUCCAGCAUCAGUUCCUCGCCAUGUCCACGACCAAAGGAGUCCAGACGCUCUCCGUGAUUCUCGGCACCUUCGCCACGUGUUGGCUGCCGUUUGCUAUGUAUUCUAUAGUGGCGGAUUCAAGCUAUCCUAUCAUAUACACAUACUCUACGGUGCUGCUGGCGGCGUGUAAUUCAGUCAUAAAUCCUGUUAUAUAUGCGUUCAGGAACCCGGAUAUACAGAAGGGGCUCUGGUUGGCGUGUUGUGGGUGUGUCCCGUCAAAUCUGAGCCUGAGACCUCGAGCCAGGACAUCCAGUGAUGUAUAGGGAAGCAUUGUUCAUGGCUACGACCGCUCCAACCUCUCCCUCCGGCCCUGGACCUGGCAAUGUCUAGGGAGGGGGUGUAGCGACGUAUAUAGAAGGGGUGCAGGAUGAUGCCGGUAUUGGAGGAGGUGUGGGUGUACGCCUUCCAACCUAGCUCUGUGACCCAGGGCCUCCAGCAAAGUUGGACAUCCAGAAGAGAAUGUGGUGGUGAGAUCAAGGGACAUGGUGAUGACCCCCCCCUAGGAUCGCCAGUGAGGGGGUAAGGUUUAGGGAGAGGACUCAGUGAGGUCAAAGGGGACCCUAAGGCAAGAGGGAGGGUGUGGGGUGGUGACCUGGCAAUGUAACCCCCUUCCCAUCCUUCUCCAGGGUCUAGAUCAGAGUUGCAGGGGCGGAUGCGGCUCUCCUUCAUCAAAGGAUGAGGGGCCAUGGACUGGACUGAGAAAGUUUGGGAUGGUUUGCCCUGGGCCUAGGCUAUACUGUAACCCAAUGGAUAGAGUUGGUGGUUCCGAACUGUGUGGGGCUCAGGUUAAAUGCUUUACAAUGCCACUUCAGUGGGGGAUCAUAGGCCUCUAAAAGGCUACUCGUUCAGAGGGUGAGCACGAGUAGUACAGCCUAAGGAGUUGCCUCGAUGGAAGAUGAGCUGGAACUUACUGUUGAGCUAACUUGCUUAUGAUGAGCUAACUUGCUUAUGAUGAGCUAACUUGCUUAUGAUGAGCUAACUUGCUUAAUGAUGAGCUAACUUGCUUAUGAUGAGCUAACUUGCUUAUGAUGAGCUAACUUGCUUAUGAUGAGCUAACUUGCUUAUGAUGAGCUAACUUGCUUAUGAUGAGCUAACUUGCUUAUGAUGAGCUAACUUGCUUACUGAUGAGCUAACUUGCUUGUGAUGAGCUACCUUGCUAAUGAUGAGCUAACUUGCUUAUGAUGAGCUAACUAGCCAACAAUGUUGAUGUGUGUUAGGUGGGAAUGCUAAGAAUUUGAGGUUUCAUUCAAAACCUUAGAAACUAUCAUGCCACAAUGAUCUUGUUGCUGAUGAUGACUAAAGCUCUUGGAUAAAACACAAGUGUAUAACACAUAACAGACAGACAGACACGCAAAGCCAAUAUGAAGUCUGAUUCAUUGUUACCCUUGGAGAAGAAACAUACCGUUUUUUGAAAAGCCCACAAGCCCCAAAAGGUUUCCCUGUUAUCACCAAUGCUAUAAACCUCCCAAUUUUUAUAUAUAUUUUUUUACAGCUGCUAAGCAAUGUAUGUUGCCGGCCUACAGUCAUGAGGUAUAGAAAUGCAAUUACAGUCAAGUCAUCGUUCUAGUAAUUCUAGAAACACACCGGGUUCUAGCUAAAACCGUUUCAGCACCACAGACAGCAAAACAUAGCGUCAAGACAUUGCCAAUGUGCAUCAAAAGCUCAUUUCAGCACCAGCGAGCUGAUGCUUGUAGUCCCUACUUGAUUCUGCUCUAUGGUCAGUUUUUGCAUUCUCCCCCUUACUGGUUAAUUUAACCAAUUUGGGAAGUGAAAUCUGAUUCUCGAUCUGUGACUAAGGUCAAGGGAAAUUCUAUCCGGAGCCAGCUAACCAGACAGUCGUUUUAACACUUCUCACUGGUUGUACGGUUGAAUAAUUCAUUAGAAAACAGGCCUGGUGUGGAGAGAAGGAGAAAAACUCACAGGGCUGUGUUAUCUUUCCAGACAGAGCGAGAGGUGACAAAACGUGUGUCACAGCCAGGGCUCAUGUUCGCAGGGCCUUUGGCGGAGUUUCAAUCACUUUGUGGUGCGGUGGGUUCUAACCAUUCUAGUUCUAACUAAUGGUUCUAAAUGACGUGGUGGGUUCUAACCAUUCUAGUUCUAACUAAUGGUUCUAAAUGACGCGGUGGGUUCUAACCAUUCUAGUUCUAACUAAUGGUUCUAAAUGACGCGGUGGGUUCUAACCAUUCUAGUUCUAACUAAUGGUUCUAAAUGACGUGGUGGGUUCUAACCAUUCUAGUUCUAACUAAUGGUUCUAAAUGACGCGGUGGGUUCUAACCAUUCUAGUUCUAACUAAUGGUUCUAAAUGACGCGGUGGGUUCUAACCAUUCUAGUUCUAACUAAUGGUUCUAAAUGACGCGGUGGGUUCUAACCAUUCUAGUUCUAACUAAUGGUUCUAAAUGACGCGGUGGGUUCUAACCAUUCUAGUUCUAACUAAUGGUUCUAAAUGACGCGGUGGGUUCUAACCAUUCUAGUUCUAACUAAUGGUUCUAAAUGACGCGGUGGGUUCUAACCAUUCUAGUUCUAACUAAUGGUUCUAAAUGACGCGGUGGGUUCUAACCAUUCUAAUUCUAACUAAUGGUUCUAAAUGACGUGGUGGGUUCUAACCAUUCUAGUUCUAACUAAUGGUUCUAAAUGACCCGGUGGGUUCUAACCAAGUGACAGCAGAGGGAGUCUGUCAUAUCUGACUAGUAUCCUUUUAGAAUGAUCAUAGGUUGAAAGUAUUGUGUGACAGGCUAUCACAACAAUUAAUAAGUCUAUACAUCGCAAUUCGAUAUCAUUUGAUAUCAUUAACGGGACUUGAAAUAAAAUGUCAACUGGGCCUAUUGAUUAUGUACACAUGGGUUUACAAGUAUUGAUUUAGGCAGACAAGUUAAAUGAUAACGAUUGAUCAACCCACGUCUGAAAACCGGCAAUGUAAACAGCAUAUUGACUACUCUUCAUGUCAGGUGAAGUGAACAUGGAUCCAAAUCCAAUAGGGUUCUAUUGAUUAGCUGCCGAUGCAUGGACAAUAGGCAACAGCAGCACAACAGAACAGAAUGCAGGACCAGACUGGGACCAGAAAUUAGCCCUGGCAUUUCUAACAAACCUGUCCAUUUAUUUACUUGAACAAUAUUAGCCAGAUAAUGAUCAUUUUGCUAUUAAAAACCGAAGUUAGACAGUCCCACGGGCUAAAAAUGGACCAGUCUGCCCCUGAUGGAAUGUAAAACACAAAACCACACUCUAUGGGGUUUUAUCUAAAUGAUUAUAUUGGCCAAUAUACCCCUCAUUUUCCCUCUCUCUCAAUGCUGUCUGUCUCAACACACGCUCCACACCACACGCCCCCUCUCUGUAUCUCUGAACGUCUGCAAGAGAGGAGCCGACGCGUCUUAGCCUCAGCCGGAUCAACGGUGCGGUGGAUUAAUGAGGUUUUACAAGGUGAGCCGAGCAGCGGUGGCAUGAAAUGAGGCACCAGGCGCAGUAGGGUAAUGCAACCCACACACACACACACACACACACAGUAGGGUAAUGCAACCCACACACACACACACACACAGUAGGGUAAUGCAACCUACGGUUUCAUUCUCCCACAGAUAGACACACACACACACACACACACAGACGGAGAGAUUAUAAUGAGGUUAGUUUCUCCCUGAAAGGGAAGCUUGUAGUGAACUGAUGUACAAAGGCUCCAAUGACAGAGUUAGUUGUGGUACAAUGAGCAUACUUUAGGUUAGUUCUUCAUCCUAAUGGCACGGCUUCCAUUUCCUUGUCCCCGUUCCUUGUCUCCUUUCCUACACGACCUCUGAUGGUUGAGAGACACUGACUGGAUACGUGGUUAGUAAGGAAAGGAGAUGAGGAGAGGAUGCAAAAUUAGACUAUUAGGAUGAAGCCCACAAACUGAACAGAAACUAGAGAUUUUAUAGUACUGUCUUAAAAAUAAUCAUAAUCAUGCUUGUUUGCUCUCAAUUCUGCAACUGUAUCCACUGUUUAGUACAAACAUCAACAGCAACACACCAACAAUGGUAAAAUACUACUGUGGAGAAGUGCCCGGUGAUGUACCAGUCAUGGAGAUAGUGGGCUGUGUUGGGAAACAGGGACAGUAAUAGGGCUUGGUGUUUCAAUGGACAAUUAGUAAAAAAAAAAAAACGAAGAACAAACUAUAACAGGCAACUCUCAAAAUGGAGCACAGGACUAGACAUUAACUUACUGGACGUUAACUUACUGGACGUUAUUAACUUACUGGACGUUAUUAACUUACUGGACGUUAUUAACUUACUGGACGUUAACUUACUGGACAUUAUUAACUUACUGGAUGUUAACUUACUGGACGUUAACUUACUGGACAUGAACUUACUGGACGUUAACUUACUGGACAAUAACUUACUGGACGUUAUUAACUUACUGGGCAUGAACUUAUUGGACAAUAACUUACUGGACAUUAUUAACUUACUGGACGUUAACUUACUGGACGUUAACUUACUGGACAUGAACUUACUGGACGUUAUUAACUUACUGGACGUUAACUUACUGGACGUUAACUUACUGGACGUUAACUUACUGGACAUGAACUUACUGGACGUUAAAUUACUGGACAUGAA